CCGCAGCUCCCCGCGCUUCUCCCUCCCGCUGCUCCUCUCAACUUCCAAGCUAUUCCCCCUGUCCUGUAUUAAAUGCCUCCCUUCUUCUCCUACACCACUCUCCCCUACCAGCUCAUGGAGGGUCCAUAUCCCAUGCGCGAGUUCUCGGAGUAUUUGGUGGAGCUAACUGACGUGGAGCCGCUGCCCUUCGCCGACGAAGACGGGUGGGAGUUGCACCGUGCGCUGUACAAGUCAGUGGCGCUGGGGAUGUUCCGAUUCUUCGUGGAUCACGAAGACCACUGCAUCGGGGAGCACUUCGUCGUCUACUACAUCAUCACACGGCCCAAGCCAGCGGAGAAGGAAGGGACGGUGGCGCUGUACCCCUUCGCCCAGCUCCAAACGAUCGAUCCGGGAUUGUUGGAGCUCAUACACCUUGAGCUCCUCUCCAUUGCGCAAGUGAUCGCGAGCGAGGAGGAGGAGAUCCAACCACGAUUGCGGACGGCGACGGCCCCGCGGAGGACGUACAACGCGGUCGUCAUCCCGGAUUUCAUUGCGCAGCGGGCGAAGAGGCUGGAGGACUUCCCGGAGGAAAGGCCGUUGCGGCCUCCCUCGUUGUAUCCUCGACCAGCGCCACCAAAGGCCCCUAAGAAGACGCCGAAGAGGAAGAGACGCCACCCGUCGCCAGGAGCGCAAGGCAGGAGGAUCGGCGGUGGCGAGGAAGUGAUUCAGCCCGCGCGUGCGGCGAUGCUCGUUAAGGAGAUAGUCGUGCCAUCGCCGCCCUUUCCGCGUGUGCCCGAUCUCAAUCUUGAUGGAGUUGGGCCAUCAUCAGCAGCAGCAGCCGGAGGAGGAAGCCGAAUGGGAUUUCCGGAUCCCAUAUCCAAACCCCCCGUCCUCACGGGACCUCUCCGUUCCCGCCAGCCACCCCGGGGUGCCCCGGUCAUUGACAUUAGUAGUUCCUCCGAGCCGGACGGUCCAUCCGACAGAGGUGGACUUCAUGGUGGAGCCCGCCACCAUUAGGCUCGAGGCCAUCGCGGAGGCGCCGCGCCCUGAUCCGGCCUAAGAGCCAUAUCCGACAC